CAGCCGUCAGUUGAUUCUCGCGCACCGAACAAGCCGCGCUUGGUUCUUUACUCAGUCUCGUCGCGGUCAGAGCGGGCAGAUGAUGGCCGACGCUCGUUCUUAGGCGAGUGCAGAAACAGAAACGGAGGACGGCAAAGAAAAGGUGUCAACGUUGUCAGUGCAAACAAGCGCAAAGUGUAAUCGUGUGCUUAAAAGCCAAAAAGAACUGAAAACCGGAUGCAAAACUAAAUUCUCAAACUGUUAAUUUCUAACGCAAAAAGGCAAAACUGUGUGCAUUCGAUGAACAUGCCAGAUCCGAAUCCAAAAAAACAAACAACCGCCAGAGAAGCCACAAUAAAACCCGAGCGAGAAAUCAAACGAUCUACAGAACAAUCAUUCAACGCACAUUAACGCAAAACGCUUCAAAUUAACACUAAAAAAAAACAAACAGAAAAUAUAAAAAAAUAUAUACAAUGGCAACAACUAAACGGCCCGAAAUGGAACAGUUUUUGUUGGAUGUGCGCGCCCACUUUCGUGCCUCGCUGGAGACAUCCGAGUACGAGAACACCUCGAAUCUCUUCCACAUGACGGCCGCCGAACAGACGGCGGAGCUGCUGGAGCGCUGCGAGCUGCUGCUGGCGGGCUACACAGAUGGAGACGCAGGCGCAGACGACCAGGUGCCAGCCCCAAACAUCAAGUCAAAUGGGAAUGGGAAUGGAAUGGGCGACUGUGUCGAUAGCAAAGUGGGCGCGGAGACCGGUCCCAGUUGCUAUCUGGAGAUGUUGUCCUCGCCAUCGUCGUCCAAGAACUCGCUGUCCGCUUCGCGGGAGUAUGUCGAUCUGAGCAGCAGUGGCUCCUUGGACAGCGACAAGACAUUUCGCUUCUCCGCCAACCAACCGGGCGCAGGAUCAGCGUCUCAGGAUGAAAGGGAGCAGCAGCUGUAUGAGACCUGCCAGAGCCAGAGCCAGGAACAGGGCCACGAACAGGGCCAGGAACAGGGCCAGGACCAGGGCGAGGAUGAGGCGCAAAAAGUCAUAACCUUCACCCACGAGCUGAUCCUUGACUGUCCUUACGCGGACCUUCCCGCUGGACACCUGGCCCUGCAGCGAUCCACUAAAUACGGACAGCUUCAGCGGAUCGUGCCGAAGCGGUUGUUUUUUGACCAGACCAGAAAGUGCUACUGCGGCAUCCUCAACGAGUGGAUGCUGUGCUACGCGGACGGCCCGACUGCCUGCCGGCCCAGCAGCAGUCUCUACCUAAAGAGCUCCGCCAUUGAGAUCGAGCACUUUGGCGAGGGGAAGCGGCGCGACAUCUGCUUCCAGAUAACCACCGACGAUCCCAACAAGAAGUACGUCUACCAGGCCAACAACGAGGUCGAUGCCAAAGAGUGGAUUCACGCCAUUGAGGCGGCCAUACGUGGCGAUGCCACCACCACUGUACACCAGUCCCUGAAGAGCCCGCUCCCACGCAAGCUGCCCACACCGCCAGUCACGAAGAGGACAAACUACCCAAACACGCCCACGGCAACGGACAGCAUUUACGAGGAGCCUUCGCCCAUUUACAACCUUACCGUGGAUUUCUCGGCGACGCCACCCAGGCUGCCCGAAAAGAACCACAGUCCCAGCGCCCUGGCCAGGCGCUUCGAGUAUGAUGUGCCAAAGUGCCCACCGCAGCCGCUGCUGGAGGCAACAUCGUCUGUCGGGGAGGUGGAAACGAUGGUGCUACUAAACGAGGGCGACGCCAAGGUACAUCCACAGCCGCAACCAUCCAGUCUGCACGGCCGUCUGGCAAUGGACUUCCAGGCCAAGGUAAAGACCGUCCACAGUGAGCUGUCCACUCAGCUGUCGCAGGGCGGGUCCAGUCCGGAGCGCCUGAAGAAGGCGGUGAAGAAGAGCUACUCAUGCGCAAGCAACAGCAGUGAUUCGGAAAUGCUGUCGCUGUCGCUGACGAGUCCUGCCCAGAGCCCUAAUAACAAGGAGCAGAAGAAGCAACGCAAAUCUCAGACAUCCGCACAGACGAGUCCGCAGAAGACGACGACGACGACCACGCCCGUUAAGGACUCUGAUAAACUGGGGAAGAAUUGGUUUCUCAGUCGUCUCAAUAAGACCCCAGGACAGAAGACAACGAGCACGGCCGGCACUGCGCCCGGAAAUACAAAGUGCAAGCAGAGCGAGAAGGAGAAUCUGCUGACAGAUCUGGAUCUCGGGGAGGGUUACGGCUACGAUGGGGGGAUUUCAGGCGAACGCGACCCGAGUCUGUCGAACAGCAAACCCACCGCCCCCAGCCUGAAGGCCGAGGCCAAGAGCAAAGUGAACAUGAUCAUCAAUCAGUUCGAGAGCAGCGGCCAUCUGUCCACCAUGUUCAGCGUGGAGGCGCUGGCAGCGAAUGCGCUUGCCUCGCUCACCUCCUUCUGCGACGGCGACAGCUGCAACAACUACGAGCCCAUCAUGCCACUCUCCACGCCGCCCAGCAGCUUCCUCAAGAAGGUGUAGUCCAAAUCCAAGGGCUCCAAAGGUUCGUCUCUGCGCUCGCUUUAACCCAUACCCACACAGAUGUAUUCUAGAUUUAGUCCCUAAGCUAGUGGAAACCGCUCUCUGGAUGUCACAUUUUUAUAUUGGCAUACAAUUUUAAUAUAAAAAAUAUUUGUUAGCAUACGA